AUGUCAUUUCUUACAAAAGGGUACGAAGAACUGUGGAAGGCAAUAAUACGGCCUCCAAAAGAAACCUACAUGCCUGAGGAUUUAGGGCCCACUGAAUUUGCAAUUGAUGACAGGAAUUUUAAACGCAGUGAUUUCCAGCUCUCUAAUCAUCGCUCGCUGCAUCUCCAGUGCUCUCAUUUUGAACCGAUUCCUGAAGAAAGAGUAGCAGAAAGGCUUCCAUGUGUGAUUUAUUUGCAUGGAAACUCAAGCUCAAGACUUGAGGCGCUUUCUAUCGUUCCAGUUCUCUUGCCUGCCAAUAUCACUGUUUUUUGCCUACUCCUUCAGUAAUCAAAAUUCAGCGAGUUAAAAUUUUAUUUAUAAAAUAUAGAGAUAGUCGUUAUAAUGAAAUAUCUGCCUAAUUUUAUCAAAUUAUUAAACAGUUUGCAUAAUAAAGCAUAGAUUUGAUUAUUGCAUUUAACUUACUUUUUUUAAAUUAAUAUAAAAAGUAUUUUUAUAAAAUUUUACACUUUAAGUUUAAAAUGGAGCGAAAAUUUUGUUUACUCAUCAAGGUAAGUUAGAUACAAGCGGCUCAGGAAUAUCAGACGGUGAAUAUAUUUCGCUUGGUUGGUAUGAAAGAGACGAUUUAGCGUGCGUUGUUGACCAUUUAAGACGCUCAGAAAAAGUGACUUGUAUCGGACUCUGGGGAAGAAGUAUGGGAGCAGUGACUGCCCUUUUGCAUGGCGAUCGUGAUCCUUCAAUUGCUGGGAUGGUUAUUGACAGUCCAUUUUCGAAUUUAAGAGUCCUAUCUGAAGAACUAGCAAGAAUGUAUGCAAAAAAUGUCCCUGGGUUUAUGCUGAGCGCUGCCUUAUCGAUGAUCAGAAAAACAGUAAAGAAAAAAGCAAAAUUCGAUAUUAAUGAGCUAGACCCAUUGAAACAUGUGGACAUGUGCUUCAUUCCUGCACUAUUUUGUGCAGGGAAAGAUGACACCUUUAUCAACCCUAGACAUACACAAAUUCUGUAUGAGAAAUACGCUGGCGAUAAGAAUUUGAUAAUGGUUGAUGGGGAUCAUAAUUCGAUGAGACCUCAAUUCUUGCUGGACUCUGCUGCAAUCUUUUUCUAUAACACUCUGCAGUGCGACCAGCUUCCGCCAUUUGUUCCAAGCAACCCGAGAAGAAAGAGAAGACAGCAAUUCAGCAACCCAAACCAGAACGCAUUUGCAUUUGCCCAGCAAUUCCAGGAUAACCUUUUGAGCGAUGAAGAGUUAUUGACGAAGGCAAUUGAAGAGAGCUUGAAAAUAGAGGAAAGCAAAGAAAAACAAAAUAAUGAGCAGUAA